AUGGCUGAUUCAAUGGAGUCUAAGAAAAAGCAUAGGAAAGUGCUCCGAUCUUUUGUUACAAAAUCGUUGAACGAAUUAGACACUCUGUUAACGAAAAGUCCUAUCGUGCUGGAGGACAUAGAGGUUGCCUGGGAAUGCGUAAAGCCUAAGUUUGAUGAACUCAGCGCGAUGAACUCUGAAGUGUAUAAUUUGUUGUUGGAGGCACAAGCGACUGAGGAACAACUGUUGUUAGACAUUGAACAAUGUGAAGGCUAUACGAAGAAGUUCACCACACUUAAGUUAAAAGUUUACAAGCUGUUGGAACCUGUAGAGGAUGCUGGGUCAGUGAAAGGGUCAGUGCAAACUUCUGGUAGUCAAGUAGGUUAUGAUGACGUCGUACGAGGUAAGAGAAAGUUUAAGUUACCCGCUAUUCAGUUCAAACAGUACGAUGGAAAUAUUAAAGACUGGUUACCGUUCUGGUCUCAGUUCAGGAAAAUUCAUGCUGAUACUCAGUUGGAUAAUUGCGAUAAGAUAGACUAUUUGAUACAGGCUACAGUUGCGGGAAGUCGUGCGCGACAGAUUGUAGAAAGUUUUCCCGUGCUCGAUGAGAAUUAUGAAAAGAUUAUUGACUGUUUGACUGCGAGAUUCGGGCGUGAGGACCUACAAAUUGAAGUAUACGUGCGCGAAUUGUUAAAAUUGGUUUUAAACAACGCCGUAUCAAAUGAAAAGCAGGAUUUGUCGAAAUUGUACGAUUUAAUUGAGACUCAGUUAAGGGCGCUGGACACGUUGGGGAUUACGUCAGACAAGUACGCAGCGCUUUUGUUUCCGUUGAUUGAAUCUUGUUUGCCACAAGAACUUUUACGAAUAUGGCAAAGAUCGGCUUUUAAUUCGCGUGGUUCAGGAACAAAUAAUAGCGCGAGUAGUGGUAACAAUGAACCAGUAGCAUCCGUAGGUGACUCUCCAUUAGAAGUUAGGCUUGGAAACCUUUUAAGUUUUCUACGCGCUGAGGUCGAAAAUGAACAACGGAUAGACUUAGCAAGCGAGGGUUUCGGUUUAGCUGAUAAUUUUAAAACAAGGUCCGGUACGGCUAACCAAUCUAGUAAAAGAAAUGCGUCUAAAUUGUUAAACAAUUCGACCUUUACUGCGGCGGGUUUAGUAAAUGUCGAUGUUGUCAAAUGUAUAUUUUGUACCGGUGUUCACGAGAGUGACAAAUGUUUUAAGGCACAAAAGAUGACACUAGAAGAGCGCAAACGUAUUGUAUUAGAAAAAGGAGCUUGUUUUAAGUGUUUAAAGGCAGGGCAUAUGUCUAAAAAAUGUCGGUCUCGCUUGAAAUGUAUUGUUUGCGGAUAUUCGCAUGUACCACUGAUGUGUUUAGGUUUAGCUGAAAAGAAAACAUCUCCACAGCAAAAGGAGAGUUCGAGCGAGCAAGAUAAUGUUAAAAGGGAUCAGGCGAUGUCCAAUCAAACAAGUUCCUACGUGUUUCUACAAACUGUAAAUUUUAAGGUUAAAGGUCAAUCAGGCAUGGAAAGUGUGAGAGCGCUUAUUGACACAGGUUCACAGCGCUCGUACAUUUUGAAGUCCACUGUAUCGUCACUCAGUCUCAAACCCAAGAGAGCGGAAAAAAUUGUACAUUGCCUUUUUGGAGGAACAGAGAUGGAACAAAUGCAUUAUUGUUAUGACGUCACAAUUUCCAAAGGUGACUACAGGAAGACGUUUGAAGUUCUAGAUCAGGCUCAGAUUUGUAAUGAGGUUUCACCAGUAUUUUAUGGACCUUGGAUACAAGAACUAAAAGUACUUAACGUGGAAGUUUCCGAUUACAAAAGUCAAGGUCCAAUUGAGAUGUUGUUGGGAGCAGAUGUAAUUGGGUCUUUGUACACGGGGAAAAGACAUCUGUUAAAAUGUGGACUGGUGGCAAAUGAAACUUAUGUUGGUUGGACUGUCGAAGGCAAAGUUCCUACACUGAAUUCGACAACUAUGACUGUAAUAUCGAUGUUUACGAACCCUUCAAUUACAGAACUGUGGCGACUUGAUGUGUUAGGGAUAGAAGAACCUACAGAGAGAAAAACGAAAAUUGAAAAAGCCCUAGCAGCAAAAGAGUUGUUUUGUGAGACAGUAAUAGUGAAUGGAGAGGGUAGAUAUGAGGUCAGGUUGCCUUGGUUAGAGGGGCACCCUCCCCUGCCCACAAAUUACCACAUAGCCAACCGCAGACUUCAAACCGCAGUGAAACAACUAGAGAAAAAUGGGUUGAUGUCUAGAUAUAAAACAGUAUUUGAAGAAUGGGAGCGAUUAAAUAUAAUUGAGAAAACUACGAGAGGUGAUGUUGGACAUUUUCUGCCCCAUAGACCGGUUGUUAAAGAAGGCUCUACUACGGCUGUUAGACCCGUGUUUGAUGCUUCUUCUCAUGGAAAAGAUGAACCAUCGCUGAACCAAUGUUUGGAGAAGGGGGAAAAUUUGAUUGAGCUGAUACCUGCGGUGUUGGUCAGAUUUAGAGAAUAUGCGAUAGGUGUAAUAGCUGACAUAAAACAGGCGUUUCUGCAGAUAAGUGUGAAUCCGAGAGACCGUCAGUUUUUGAAAUUCUUGUGGAUUAAUGAGAAAGGUGAGGAAAUAGUUUACAUACACAACAGAGUGGUCUUCGGAGUAAACUCCAGUCCGUUUUUGUUGGGUGCCACGAUCCAAUAUCACCUAAAAAAGAGUAAAGAAGAUUGUUUAUUACCAGGUUGCGAAUAUGCGAAAGAAACUAUAGAAAAGCUCGCCCGUAGUUUCUACGUAGACAAUAGCGUAGCAAGUGUGCCGGAUUUAGAAGUUUUGAACCGGUUUAUUAAAGAAGCGACCAUGAUCAUGGCAGAGGCACAAUUCGACCUUAGAGGGUGGGAGUUUUCUGGCAACUCAAACAGCUCGGAUGGUAUUUCAGUUUUGGGUUUGAAGUGGUUCCCGACUAGAGAUAUUUUGACUAUAAACCCAAAUUUACUUACUUGUGACACAGAAAGUGUUGUAACGAAGCGAAAACUGUUAUCAAUAGCACAAAAGGUAUUUGACCCCAUAGGAUUUACGUCACCUGUGACAUUAUUGCCCAAGUUGUGGCUACAGGUUUUGUGGGAGAGAAAAAUAUCAUGGGACACUGAAGUAAAUGGUGAUGUGGCGAUGCAGUUUAGAAAAUGGGUAAAAGAUUUGCCAGAACUUCUGCAGAUAGAAAUCCCUCGUUGGAGCGAAAUUGGUGGAGCAAAUCCCGAAGACGUCAGUAUACAUACCUUCGUCGAUGCAUCCAGAAAUGCGUAUGCAGCGGUUGUUUACGUUAGGGUGAAAAAGUUGGACAAUGUUUCAGUUCAUUUGAUGGCAGCUAAGUCUAGGGUGGCUCCGAUAGAAAAGAGAAGAGGAAAUUUGACGAUCCCACGCCUAGAGCUAUUGGCAGCGACGAUAGGUGCGAGACUUUACACUCAGGUUGUAGAAAAUUUGACAGGUAGCUUUGCUAGUUUCUUCUGGAGCGAUUCGGCUACAGUGAUCUCGUGGUUACAACGCAAUGAAGAGUGGGGUACGUUUGUACAUAACCGUGUGAUUGAAAUACGCAAGCUAACACCGAAUCUUCAGUGGCAUCAUAUUCCAGGGACAUGUAAUCCGGCAGACCUGCCAUCUCGAGGGUGUUCGCCUAAACAGUUAGUUGAAUCGAAAUGGUGGGAGGGGCCAGCAUGGCUGAAUAAUAAUGUCGAAAGUUGGCCAUCUACAAAUUUAAUUGUUAAUGAAGAGGAGGUUAACAAAGAAAAGAAAAGGAAGGUUACGACGUUUAUCAAUUUAGAAAAGGAAAAGGUGGACUUUCACCUCACGUACUUCAGCAAGUAUACCAAGACAGUUAGAAUGAUUGCUUGGCUGCACAGAUUUGUACACAAUUGUAGACAUAAACAAGAUAGAAAUAAGAGGGAACUGAGUGUGUAUGAGAUAGAUUGCGCAGAAAAGUUUAUUUUUAAGCUGAUACAAGAGGAAGAAUUUGAAGGUCUAAAAGAUAAUAAAUUAAAGAAUCUAAGUCCUUAUUAUGACAGUGAGGGUGUCAUCAGACUGAAGUCAAGAGUCUCAAACAGAAGAGACACUGUUGAUUAUCGUUAUCCUGUGAUUUUGACUGGCAGGAAUCCGAUUAUUUGUAGGUUAAUUAUGGAAAAACACCAGAAAUCUUGUCAUGUAGGGGUGCAAGGACUGUUAUGUUUACUCAGAGAGAGUUAUUGGAUAAUAGGUGGCAGAAGAGCCAUUCGUUCGGUCUUAAAGAAAUGUGUCACAUGUAAGAGAUUUGAUGUUAAACCUUUUGCGGUAGAGUCACCUCCAUUGCCUGGCGAUAGAGUGCGUGAUUCUGCUCCGUUCGAGAUUACGGGGGUCGAUUUUGCCGGACCUUUGUAUUUAAAAUCUGGAGAGAAAGCGUGGGUGUGCCUAUUUACCUGUGCCGUGUACCGCGCGGUACACUUAGAACUUACAAUGUCAUUAUCCACCCUUAAGUUUUUACAAGUUUUGAGAAGGUUCAUCGCGCGGAGGGGCAGACCCAGAAUUUUGUAUAGCGAUAACGGUACUAAUUUCCGUGGGACUGAUAACGCUUUCGCGAAUCUAGACUGGGACGCUAUAACUCGAGAGACUAAUACGCAACGAAUUUUGUGGCGCUUUAAUCCCCCUAGUGCGCCGUGGUGGGGAGGAUUUUUUGAAAGGUUAGUUGGUGUAGUAAAGCGCCUACUGCGUAAAGUAUUAGGUAAAGCGAGUUUAGGUUAUGAAGACUUAAUGACUUUAUUGUGUGAUUGUGAGGCCGUGGUAAAUGCUAGACCAUUGACUUAUAUUUCAAACGAUCAUAAUGAUCCUGUGACAUUGUCACCGGCUAUGUUCCUGCGGGAGCAGGCUAGCUGUAACGUUGUCGAUUGUGAUUUAGUCGAAAAAACAUGUCUUACGCGUAGUAUGCGAAAUAAACAGAAAUUGCGUGAAGAUUUGAAAAAUAGAUUUAGGCUAGAAUAUUUAGGGCAGCUUAAACCGCUUAGAGAAACAAAAUCGAACGCGACAAUUAAAACGGGGGACAUAGUUCUUAUAGGUAAUGACUCUCACAAGCGCGUUGAAUGGCCUAUGGGACAAGUAAUUGACGUUGUACCGGGUAAAGACGGUCGGAUUAGAUUGGUUAGAGUCCGGACCUCGCAUGGAGAGUUGCUAAGACCUGUACAACGGUUAUAUCCACUAGAGUGCGUUGAUGAUUCGGUUGAGAGGAACCAUGACGAUCGACGAGAUGUGGCUGUUCCCAAAACGAAGGUUCCUAGGUUGCACCCUGAGUCUUCUGAAAAAGGAAAUCAAGAGGAUGUUGCUGAUUCAUAUCGCGUUUGCGGUAGUGUUCGGGAUAGUGCGUGGGUGAGAGAAUCCGCCGAUUACCCAGAUCAUCCAGGUGAUCUUAAUGUAAGCCGAAGCGGGCGUAAAAUAAAGUGUCCUCAAAGAUAUUUGUAG